UUCUUUGUCUCCUCUGUAGGAUCUGCUGAUCUGGUCCCUGCCGCGCGCGGGCAGGACAAACAGCAGUCAGUGUGCGCGCAGCUGCACCCGGGAGCGCGCGCCUCACCUUUGCCUAUGUCACAUGCACGUCCGUAUGUUCGGCCAGAGCCGUGGACGCGCGCCUGCUCCCUGGGCGUCGGUAUAAAACUGAAGCGCCAGGUUGCGUCAAAAGUCUACGCGAGGCUGGUGUUUAGGCGCAAACACUCCAGAGAUCAUCGUCCAGUAAUCUAGGAGUAAAGAUGUUCAGAACUACAAGGUCCCCAAUGAUGCAGCCGCUGGUCAACUCUGGAAUGGGCAUGGCUCCUUUCUUCAAGGUGACCGUGUUUGAGCAGGAACAUUUCCAGGGCAAAUAUAUGGAGUUCACCUCAGAGUGCUGCAACAUCCAGGAGUGUGGAAUGGACCACAUUCGCUCCAUCAGGGUGGAGAGUGGAUCCUGGGUUGGUUUUGAGCACCAUGACUUCCAGGGCCAGCAGUUCAUCCUGGAGAGAGGAGAGUACCCUCACUGGGACGCCUUCAGCGGCUCUCUGUCCUACCAUGUGGAGCGUCUCAUGUCCCUGCGCCCCAUCUACUGCGCCUCCCAUCAGAGCAGCCGCAUGAUCAUCUACGAGAAGGAAAACUUCAUGGGUCGCAGCGUGGAGGUCUGUGAUGACUACCCCUCUCUUCGGGCCAUGGGCUGGAUGUGGCCUGAAGUUGGCUCCAUGCACGUGCAGUGCGGCGCCUUCGUGUGCUACCAGUAUCCUGGCUACAGGGGGCAGCAGUACAUCAUGGAGUGUGAGAGACACAGUGGAGACUACCAGCACUGGAGGAACUGGGGCUCCCACUGCCAGACCCCUCAGAUCCAGUCCAUCAGACGUAUCCAGCACUGAGAGGAGAACAGGCUGAGGAGGAGAACCGCCACCUCCAGAUGGCACCUCCCUCCUGACUCCAACGCCCUUGACCUUUUAACCCCAUUCUCUCUCUCUUUCUUCCAGUCUCUGCCUUCCUGUUGACACGGUCCACCAAGAGACAAUAUGACAUUUUUCAAAACACACACUGCACUACACCCAAACGCCACAGUGUCACUCCUACACACACCUGUGAUAGAGCUCACCUGACUCACAGUUUCAGCAGCAGCAGCAGCAGCAGCAACAGCAGCA